GCGAGGGACGGCUCCGCCCACCGCCGCCUCGCGGCGUUGUCAUAGAAACGGCGGCUGCGCAGACGGGGCUGAGGCUGCGGUGGUUAUGUGACUUUUCUACAGCAGCUGCAAUGGGUUCUGUGCUUUCCCUCUCCGUUAAUAACGCUACCUCGAAGCAGAGGAAGAAGGCUGAGGAUGACGAUGACGACUUACUCGAUAGCCGAGACCGUGUGGAAGACAUUGCCAAGUUUCCGUAUGUUGAAUUCACAGGUCAGGACAGCAUCACCUGCCCCACUUGCCAAGGCACUGGCUGCAUUCCCACAGAGCAAGUAAACGAGUUGGUGGCUCUGAUACCCUACAGUGACCAACGGCUUCGUCCUCAGAGAACGAAGCUGUACGUCCUGCUGUCGGUGCUGCUCUGCCUGCUGGUAUCGGGGCUGGUGGUUUUCUUCCUGUUCCCCCACUCCGUCCUGGUGGAUGAUGAUGGUAUUAAAGUGGUUCAGGUUUGGUUCGACAAGAAGAACUCCGUUGUCAUUCUUGCCAUCACGGCCACCUUACGGAUCAGGAACUCCAACUUCUACUCGGUGACAGUGACCAGCCUGACGAGUCAGGUGCAGUACAUGAACACUGUGGUGGGAACCCAGCAGAUCACCAGUGUUUCCCGUAUCCAGCCGCUGAGCGACAAACUGGUGAAUUUCACUGUGAAGGCGGAGCUGGGUGGACCCUUCUCCUAUGUGUAUUUCUUCUGCACAUUUCCCAAGGUCAAAGUACAUAACAUAGUGAUCUUCAUGAGGACAUCGGUGAAGCUCUCGUACAUCGGCCACAUGACACAGAGCGCGCUGGAAACGUACCACUACGUGGAUUGUAGUACCAACUCCACAGCUGCCCAGGACCCGCUGCCUCCGCCGUCCCCUGCGACGCGGGGCAAAGCCAAGAGCAAGCCCUGAGGGCACAGCUGAUGUUUUUCCAUGGGCGGAUGGUUGUGCAGAUGGAUUUCUAGGAGGGACCAGGAACUUUCCGAUGGAAGCAGAGGGAUCGCGAGUGACUUUGGGAGAUAUUUGAAAGCUCUGGGUCCCUUUCACGCUCUUUCACGUGCAGCUGGGCUGCACUGCUGUCCACAAACCCACUCCGGGCGGUGUUCAUGCGCAAGCAAAUGGGCCCCUUCCCAAAGUCAGGGUCCCGCUGUCCCUGCCUUCCUCUUUGGUUCUGAAGAACUAGUUUUUGUUAGGGAAACCGGCCUCUCGAGCUUCAUGUGUUGGUCUGAGGAUCCCAAAGAUUUGGAGUUGACUCUUGCAGCUGUUUUGAAGCUUUAGCACUAUGUCAGGCCCUUUUUGUGUCAAGUAAUUAGUUCUGUGCAAUUAAUUUAUUCCACUUUUGUUUAGUGGCAGCACGUCUGGCUUGUUUCAAAGCAGACCUUGAUUAAAAAGGGAUAGUUCUUGUACGGAACGCACAGCCAAGGCUUCCUCCUCUGUACCUCGCACUAGAAGGAGGCAAAGGAAUUGAAACCUUUGAAAGGCCCUUUCUCUGUUGUGCAGAUUUUGUUUGCUGGCAGCUGAGGCCACCUACAGCAAACCGUUCCCAAAACACCGCGGUCUGAAUGGAGGUGGCCUCGGCAAGUGCAGCACUGCUGGGGACGUGCGAAGGGGCUGUGUGGGUUAGACCUUCCUCCUCCUUCCUCCUCCUCCUCCGCGCACGGCUCUGAACCUUCCUCUCCCCACAUUCAGCAGCUGCAGGCUCUCUGGGGUUUGCAACGGGGGAACUUGCAGCUCGGUGUUGCUUUGUACUCGUGCCCGCCGCAGACGAGCGCGGAUUUAAACUGAUUUUGUGGGAGUUUGGUGUUUCAGAGGCUCCCGGGAGCCGCCCGUUCCCGACGGACGGUAUCAGCUGCCUUCUUAAAUAAAUGUGAAAGCUCAGCCCGCCGCAGUUCUUGCUGCGGAUUUGCACCA